AACUGAAACAUCUGAUGUCUUGUUAUGCAUCUUUCCUGCUUUUUCAGUUGAAAAACAUUUAACGCUGUGUUUUACCAUCCUUUAAAAAGAAAAAGUGAAGAACUUUUCGACGUUUCCCAUCAGCACUAACAAGCGAGGUUAUGGUGCCAGCCUAAAGCUCUGGGUCAAAUGCUUGAUCUCUGCCUCAGCCACAUGUGAGAGACAAAUGGAGACAGCGAGUUUACAGAGCAUAGAAGAUAGGCUUGACUAAUAUUAGCUUACAUUAACCAAAAAAGACAGAGAGAGACAGACAAUGGGUGGUGCUUUCAAAUAAGGGGAAACAAAUCAUUCUAAUCUCUGAUCAGCCCAUCCUUUGGGUGCAGUGGUAUCAAGGCUUUCCCCGGAUUCAGACUCUGCUAGAUCUAAUGAGCAGGAUGCCUGAGCAUGUGCAAGAGAGAAAGCCAAAGAUCUCAGCGUCAAGGAAGCUGAUGUUGAAGAGCUUGAUGGUUGCAAAAGCCAAAGAGGAGUUGGAACAGGAGAUGAUUGUUAAAGAAGAGGAGAAACAGAAGUACCUCGCAGAGAGAGCUCCUCCUCUGAACAUGAAUGGCUUGAGCCUUGCUCAGCUGCAGGCUCUCUGUAGAGAACUUCAUGCAAAGAUAGAUGUAGUUGAUGAGGAGAGAUAUGACAUUGAAGCGAAAGUCAUGCUCAAUACACGCGAGAUUAAGGACUUAAAUAUCAAGGUUCUGGACCUGAGGGGUAAAUUCAAGAGGCCAAAUCUCCGACGCGUUCGUGUAUCUGCUGACGCCAUCCUUCGAUCGUUGCUGGGCUCCAAACACAAAGUCUCCAUGGACCUUCGGGCCAACCUCAAAUCUGUAAAGAAAGAGGACACAGAGAAGAAGAGGCCUGUGGAAGACAGCGAUUGGAGGAAGAAUGUGGAGGCCAUGUCAGGGAUGGAGGGAAGGAAGAAGAUGUUUGAUGCGGCUAAAGGUUCAGCUCAGUGAAGCUAGAAGAUGAAAACGCUGCAACACCAGCAAAUUUCUGUUUGCAGCUCCUGGAAGGAUAUGAAAGGUGUACUUCACCCCUUUGAGAAAAAUACAGCCUGCCUGUAGCUUUACCUUAGUUUUUCUGAGUAUAAACAAUAAUUAUUCAAUGAGGAAAUGCCAAAAACUGAUAAAGACACGUUUAACAUGUAACCAUCAAAAUGUGUAUUGAAUAUAUACCAGUAAUUACAAUUUUGAGUGUUUCUUUUUAACUGUAUCUAAAAAAUGUUAUUUCAGUUCAAUAAACAGAAAUAAACUUAAA